UUCAGAAGAGGCAUAUAUCAGUUUAGGAAAUGGUGAUUAUGGGGUGUGAAGAAAUGGUGUUUUCAGUGGAGCCUCAGAAGGCAGUUCCAGCUCCAUUUCUUACAAAAACAUACCAACUUGUUGAUGAUCCUGUCACUGACCACAUUGUCUCUUGGGGUGAAGAUGAAACCACUUUUGUUGUGUGGAGACCUCCUGAGUUUGCCAGGGAUCUUCUUCCCAACUACUUCAAACACAACAAUUUCUCAAGCUUUGUUCGCCAGCUUAAUACCUAUGGAUUCAAGAAGAUAGUGGCAGAUAGAUGGGAGUUUGCAAAUGAAUAUUUCAGAAAAGGAGCGAAGCAUUUACUAUUAGAGAUCCACAGAAGAAAAAAUGCCCAGAAUCAUCCUCAUCAUCAUCAUCAUCAACAAGAAGUAAACUUCCAUGAACAACCGGUUCAUUUUCUCCAAGCGGAUCAGGAAAAUUUCUGUUGGGUGGACUCUCCAUUGCCAUCACCAAAUAAUUAUAAUAAAUCUCCAACCGAUGUUCUAACGGCACUCACUGAAGAUAAUCAACGCUUGCGCCGAAGGAACUACAUGCUUUUAUCUGAACUCACUCACAUGAAGAACCUCUACAAUGACAUUAUCUUCUUCAUUCAGAAUCAUGUAAAACCGGCUGUUCCGUGUGAGUAUGAUGAGCAUGGAUUGACGGUUCACAGUUACUCAGAGCCUAGGCUGAGAGAAUUGAUUAAGUCAUCGUCAGCGGCUGUAACUGAGGAGCCCAACGGUACUGUGAAGCUCUUUGGGGUUGCUCUCAGUGGAAAGAAGAGAUUGCACCCAGGAAAGGUAGAUGAACAAGAACUUGAAUAGUGAACCUUUUUGUGGUUCAGUUUUGUAAGAUUUAGAUAUUAACGUUGAAUUCUUAUUACUACGUAGGUUAAGCAAUUAAGAGAAUAGUAAUUUAAGAUGGCGUCAAAGUUAUUGAUCUUUAUCUUCGAACCUCUCACCUACCUCAAGCGAAUU